AUGAGUCGUCCAGUUUUUCGUACAAGAAACUUAGAUCCUAGUAAACGUAUACGUGUGAUAAUUGAUCAACAUGAUAAUAAUAAUAACGAUUUACAACAUUUACAAACACCGGCUUCUUCUAUUCAACGGUGUGUACCACAAAUGCCAUUUGUAUCUGGUAUGGAAAGAGAGGAAGAAGCGGAAUAUCACUUACAAAAUGCACUUGACGCACAACAACGUUUGGGUUCAGCAAAAAUUCGUGCUGUUCCAACACCAGAUUUAUACGAAGAUCCAAAUAAUGUAUCAGUUUAUCCUCCUAGUGUACAAUUACCUAAACAACUUAUUCGACUACAGCCUUUACAACUCGAAUCGGAGUAUCCUGAAUAUGAUAUGGAUGCAAACGAUAUUGAAUGGUUUGAAAAAUGGAAUAAUUGUUUGGGUUUAACACAUCUACAGUAUGAGGAUAUAAUUGAUAAAUUAGAAAAUUCUAGUGGAAGAACAGUACUACAGUAUGAAGAAGCAAAAACGUUAAUUAAAGAAGAUGAAGAUUUAUUGAAAAAUGUUUAUGACUUUUGGUUGGAAAGGAGGAAUACAACGGGUAAACGAUUAAAAUCAAGACUAUUAACUGAACGUGAUGUCAAAGAAGAAAAAGGAAAACAUCAUCCAUAUGUAGCAUUUCGACGGCGUAUUGAAAAAAUGACAACAAGAAAAAACCGCAAGAAUGAUGAACAGGCAUACAUGUCUAUGCUUAAGCUACGUUCGAGCUUUCAAGCUGUUGUAAAACUAACGAACAUGAUCAAGGUUCGAGAAUCGAUUAAACAACAAUUAUUACAAUAUUCGUUACAAAUAUUUCAGACACGUUGUGAAUCAUCAGAAUCGGACGACUAUAUAUUUAAUAAUAAUAGUCAUUCCGACUUGAUUAAAUCGUUAAAGAAAUCAAAUUUGAACAGUAAUACUAAUAAUAAUAAUGUACUAACAUCCAAGUUGAAUAGAAAUUCUUCGACGUUAGCUACACUAUUAUCAGCACCACCACCAUCAUCUACCACAUCGCUACUUCAUCACACACGAUCAUCGUUGAAUGAGACAAAUAAUGAUAAUUCGCUCGAACCAAAAGUUAAACGUAUGAAAGUAUCACAAUCUUCAUUGAUGUCAACGUCGGCCACAAUGAAAGAAAUGAUAUUUUCUGCAACAAUGCAGCAACAAAAUUCAUUAACUGUUUCUAAACCAUCAUCAUCAUCUUCAUAUAGUAAAAAAAUGCAUGCAAGGACGAAUAUCAACAAUUCAACAAAACCAGUUUCGCUUCCAUUGACGUCUGUACAAAGUUCUACCACAUCAGCAGCAAAUUCGUUGUUAUUAGAACGCUUAUCUCCAAUCACAAG